AAAGGAAGAGAUGGCGGCGUCUGAGACACAGCUCUAUACAAAGGUCUUAAAUAAGAAAAAAACCAGAAGUACUGAUUCCUUACUGGAGCCUCUCUUGGCCACUGGUUUCUCUGUACAUACAGCUGGGGGAGAGAGCUCCAACUUCAGAGGGAGAAACCCAGCUGCAUGAAAGCUUCUAAAGCAGGUUCAUUCUGACAUUAGGAUCCAACAUCAUACAAGGGCUACAGAGGCUUAUCAAAGGACAUAUUAAGAAUACUGAUGGAUCCAUUGCAUCCAAGCCCCUUCUCUCACCCAGUCACACCUAGAAAUGAGAUGCUAAUCUACAUCAGCUAAGGAAUUAAAGGCAUUGGCAGCUACUGGACAAAAGACAGCAGAAGCAGCAAUACAGUGGUUGCAUUCUCACUGCAAUGAUCCUUCAUUAGAAGAUCCCAUCCCUCAGGAAUAUGCCCUCUAUUUGUGUCCAACAGGCCAGUUGAAUGACAUUCUGAUGGAGUUUUGGAGAGAAAGCAAAUGUCAAUGUGGAAAAAACAAAGCCCAUGAAAAUUUCCCACACAUCACGCUUUCUGACUUCUUCACAUGUGAAGACCAAAAGGUUGAUGGCUUAUACGAAGCUCUAAAAAGAGCCGGUAGCCAGUUUUCCAGCAGCUUUCCAAUGAUUAUUUCUCUAUCGCUACAUUCCUCCAGCACCUACAUUGGCUUCUUUGUUAGUGAUGGCCCUGCAAAUGUCAUCAAAUCAUUCGCUGCAGCUUUUGCCACAGAGGCUAUGAUCUUAGCAGACUGCUGUGUGAAGCCUUCAACGAAGCAGCUCCACCUUACUUUAGCUCACAAAUUUUAUCCUCACCAUCAGAAAACAUUGGAACAACUGGCCAAAUCAAUCAACCCUAAGCAAAGCUGUCAGUGGGUGGCAGCGCUCUAUUCCAGAGAUAUGCGCUUUGUCCAUUACCAGGUUUUGAGGGCCUUAUUCCAGUACAAGCCUCAAAACAUUGAUGAAUUAAUGCUGAAUUCAGGGGAUUUUAUAUAUGUUGAUCGGUCACAGCAAAAUGAAGUUUGUGAUGGCUGGAUAAUUGGUAUAUCUCACCGAACUGGAUGCCGGGGUUUUAUUCCUGAAAAUUACACAGAAAAAGCCAAUGAGUCAGAUACCUGGGUCAAACACAGAGAAUAUAUUUUCUCUGCAGAUGCAGGCCAACUUCCUAAGAACCAAACCAAACCUUGCUUUAAAACAAAUAUUCCAAAUCCAAUGCCAAGGAAUGUAGCCAAAGUGCUUGCUCAUCAGUUGUCAGCACAAACCACAACCCAAAGAGACAUGUUGGUGAUUUGCCAUGGAGAAAGAGUAGAUCAAGUGUUUGGGAAAUCUUGGGUACAGCAGUGUUUUGGGCCAGAUGGAAAAUAUUAUCGACGAGACCUCAAUUUCCCUCCCAGUUUACCAAACCGAGAAGAUUAUAUUAAAAACUAUGAAUAUGAUCCUCCUUUAUCAUGCUGUGGCACAUUUCAAUCUAGACUGACUGGAGAAGCCUUGCUAGAAAAAGAAGUGAUUGUUAGCUGUGUAUACUCUUCCCCAGCAUUACACUGUAUUCAGACUGCGCAGCACAUAUUAGAAGGACUUCGGAUAGAACAGAAAGCAAAAAUUCGGAUAGAACCUGGACUCUUUGAAUGGACUAAGUGGGAGACAAGCACAGUUGCUCCCUCUUUUAUGACAGAAAAAGAACUGACUCAGUUCAGUUACAGCAUAGAUACCACAUACAAAUGUAAUUUCCCUUUUUCUUCCUUGAUGCGGUCUGAAGGCUAUGAGGACUAUGUUAACAGAUGCUCUGCAAGUAUAAAACAGAUUGUUGAUACUUGUGCAACUGAAGGCACUAUUCUGAUUAUUGGUCAUUGCUCAUCUCUGGAUUCUAUCACUCGGCCAAUACUGGGUCUGCCUGCCAGGGAAAGCAGUGAAUUUGCUACGUUUGUGCAAAGGGUACCUUCUCUGGCUAUGUGUUUCUGCAAAGAGAUGAAAGAGGAGAAAAGAUGGCAGAUGGUUAAUCCACCAGUUGAAAUGUUAACUCAUGGAGCAAAUACUGCAUUUAACUGGAAACACAUCCUUUUGGACGAUUAAACAAUAAUUGAAUUUAUAUCUGGAGUCUCAUAGCCGGAAGGACUGCACUGCAGUCUGUUUUCUUUGGCUAACAGCCAAAUUACUGGUUUGAACUCAGGAACUGGCUUUAAUAGAAAGAAAAGGCCUCACUAAAACUUUUGUUUGGAACUUUAAGUAAACCAUGUUGACAGGUUUUCUUCCCCUUCUUUUUUAAAUAAUUCCAUGAC